CGGACCUGCGGUGCGGGGUGGUGCGGAGCCGCGGAGAGUAUUCCUCUUCAUGUUGUUUUGUUGUGGCCGUCAGCUGAAUGUUGGCUUUCUGACCGCGCUGACACCACGGAGGGAAGUCCCCGGACCCCCCUCCCUUCGGCUCUCCCAGACCCGCGGGCUCGGCGAGCGGCUCCAUCCGCCUCCAUCACAAUCCAGGAAAUGCGGACCGCUGUCUUAUUCGCCACCGGAUAAAUGGCUGCAGCUGCCGUACAGUAGCGAACGGAGCCUGUGAAGCGUCUCUGAGGGGGGGAAGACCAGACUGCUCUGUCAGACUAUUCAGAAAUUGACCUGGCUACACAAUUGAGGACCAGCAAAAGAAACGCGGAGAAGAUCUUGAGCGGGCUGUUAGGAUGGAUGCAGCUGGACAGAAGCAUAGCUGUACACUGAGAGAUGAUCCAUGUUUACCUACAUCAGUGCUGCUCAAGGGCACAUUUUAACAAUGCCUCACUUGGUCCUCUUGAAUAACUUAAGGCCCACACUGAAAAAGGCCCUUUGUUGGGAUUUACAAUCACUGUCCACAACCCCUUGUCUCUGACCUCCCUGCUGCCAUGCGGUUACACCCAUGAGGCUCCAAGGGCCCUUGCUUAUGCAUCUGUGAGGCCUCCUCCUCACUCUAUGGAGGCCGAGCCCAGCCAUACGGCUGAUGGGGAGCGCUCUGGAAGACAAGAGCAGCAGCAUGUGACAGCUGAAUCCCCACUUGGGUCUUGUCCACCGCAGCAGCCCCAGCAGUCCUCUAACCCACGUCCUGUACACAGAGCUUUGGGUCGACUGCAGAAUCGCCAGCCCAAACGUGCUGAUCUUCUUCGGUUACAACAGCAAGCAGUAGCAUGGCAGCAAACGGACACACCAGGUCCUUCAGGAGGCAGCCUUUUCUCUUCAGGAUCUGCAUCAAUCUCAUCUCUUCCUUCUACAUCCUCCACCCAGGUUGAGCAGGGUCACAGGAUCCCAUCUCAGUCAAGCCAAGAGACUAAAGAAGGGGUGAGCUCUCCUAGAAAAGGAGAGAAAAAACCCCCGAAACUAGGGAAAUAUGUGUGCACUUAUUGUGGCCGUCCUUGUGCCAAGCCAAGUGUUCUUCAGAAACACAUUCGCUCCCACACAGGAGAAAGACCUUAUCCUUGUGCUCCCUGUGGUUUUUCUUUCAAGACCAAGAGUAACCUGUACAAGCACCGCAAGUCCCAUGCUCAUCGCAUUAAAGCAGGUCUUGUGUCCAGUCGUGAUGAGCCCAGUUCUAGUGGCCCAGACUGCCGUAGUAUUGGAGAAGAUCCUGAGGAGCCUACAGAAGGAGAAAGUACAGAGUCAGAAGACGAGACAGGCCAACACAGAAAAUCUUCUAAGGAGAUUUCGGCACGACAGAAAAAAGGUGGUAAGGAGUUGCCCGAGGGGUCAGAAGAGUGCCAGAGGCCUGAAGAUUCUCAAGCUGUCAAGCAAAGGCUGGCGCUGCGACUUAGUGAAAGAAAACGUGGACCCAUGGCUUCUCCUGAUGAUCCUCCUUUGUCUCUCUCCACCUCAUCUUCGUCUCUUGGCCCUGGCAGUAAAGGCAGCACAGAGUCUGGAUACUUUUCUGGAUCUGGCAGCACUGACCUGUCCCAAGUUAGUCCUCCGAGCGCUAGUGCCAAAACCUACGCAGAAAUAAUUCUUGGGAAAUAUGGGAGGUUAGGAGGGCAGCAGCGGAGUUCACAUCCCCAGCAUUCUAAUUCUCCCCUUAUUGCACUGCCUGGAACAGAUGAUAAGAGUAUUUCUUUUUCUGUACCCAAAACCCAAGUAAUAGAACACAUUACAAAACUCAUCACUAUCAAUGAAGCAGUGGUAGACACCAGUGAGAUUGACAGCGUGAAGCCUCGACGUUCCUCUCUGUCAAGGAAAAGCAGCUUUGAAUCACCCAAAUUGACUACCCAAAAAGACGCCUACACAUUGGAUUCAAAGGGAGAAGCCCCUGGUCCCAGUGGUUUGGGACAUCCACACAAUCCCGAAACAGAUCCAUCAUCUACCCAAACGUCAACAGCCCCCCUGCUCAGAAGUCGCUCGAUGCCAUCGUCUACCAGCCAACAAGAGUUCUCUGUGUCUGGAAACAGGUCCACCAGAGGUUAUCGUCUCUGCCAGUCUUUCGAUGAGCAGCAGGCUUCGGCGGCAGAGAUUAACAUUGUUCAUGCCCAUCGUAUGCUGAGGCGCCAACCUGCCAUAGAGGUUCCUCUGGGAGCUGAGCUUAUGUUGGAGGAGACUCCGCCCAACUCCUGUUCGUCAAUCAAAGGCAGAGACGGAGUCAGGCAUCCACAGCAACAACCACCGCAAAGUACUUUGAGCCCAUUUGAAUGCAAAGUAUGUGGGACACAUUUCCAGCAUUGUGACAACUACAGGGCUCAUACAGGCAUGUGCACAGGGCAGCAAACACUGGUACAAGAGAGCAGCGAUGCAAGUAAGACCUGCAGAGAGGAUCGGCCCCAGAUGAUGAUGCACUAUAAAUUCAGAGCCCUGGCCAUGGCUGUGAGGAAGAGGAGGAAAGAAGAGAGUAUAGAAGAGGAUCUACCUAGUCCUGGGUCCGUAGCCAUGUCAGAGAGGUCUGCAGUCCUCCUACCAGUGGCAAGUCAAGGACACAACCAGACACUCUCAGGUGCUUCUGUCGAGACUGAGUCGGGACAACAGCAGCAUGACAGAAAAGGGGUGUCUGUCAUUCAGCACACAAGCUCCUUUGAAAAGCAGGAGACAAUCUCCAUGGAAAGUGAGGUAUCAGAUGUCAAGGAGGCUCAACAAGCACAGCAACCCCAUCCAAAACCUUCUACAUCACGCCUUAUCCGCCAGCACAACAUCCAAGUUCCAGAGAUCUUUGUUACAGUGGAGCCUGAUGCUGACAUGACGUCUUUGUCACCAACAGUAACAGCAUCGUCUUCUAAGGAGGCAGAAAGAGUGGAGGAGUUCCAGUGGCCACAACGUAGCCAGACUCUGGCCCAACUCCCUGCAGAAAAACUGCCCCCGAAGAAGAAAAGACUCCGCUUAGCUGAGAUGGCGCAGUCCUCAGGGGAGUCAAGCUUUGAGUCUGUGUCUCUGCCACGCAGUCCUAGUCAGGAGAGCAGCAUGUCCCACACUUCAAGUCUUUCCGCUUCUUUCGAAGAUGCAGCAAGGACUGAACCUGCCCUUUGGGGCUCCAGUAGCCAAAGCACCCAAAUGUUGACCGUGCCAUCCCCCUCCCAUCAACAUAACCAAAGCCACAAGGAGAUGAGGCGUUCAGCUUCAGAACAGGCCCCUCAGAAAACAGAGCAGGUCUCCGAAACUAGAAGUAAAUCUUUCGACUUGGGUUCCUUGUCAUCUCAGCAGUCAGCAUCAUCCUGGAAAGAACGGAGGAAGUGUCUCCUUGUAAAGCAUGCUACCUUAGGGGAACCUGAGCAAGAGGAGGAGGUUGGCAUGAGUCAGUUAUCUAGAGCAGACAGUCCGAAGCCUGGUCCUUCUCACUUGAGCCACCCUCUGGUUUACUCAAGUUCCCCUUUCCACCCAGAGGACACGGAGAAUGUCUUGCAGCUGUUACAGCCACGAGAUGUGCUUCCUCCACAUCUAAGCGACCAACCAACAUUCCCUCCAGGAUUGCCGGCGACACAGUUUAUUAACAGAAGCUUUUUACAUUCACAAAUCACUCCACCUGUACACCCAAUGCAGAUCCACAUGGGUGAACAGUUGGGUAUACAGCUUCAUCAACCUCCUGCUUUAGUUCCUGUCCAAUUUCCCUUCAGGACCACUGCUAGCCAGUCCCUGUACUUGCCUUCCCCUCCAUUACAUUCCUCGUAUGCUUGUACAGCUCCUUCCACAGAUGGGAGAACCUCGUCUACGUCUUUUGACCUUACCCAGCAGUCUCUUGUUACAAUUUCAUACCCCUACCCGCGGCCUGUGAUUGCCACUUGUGUGGCACAGCUUACACCAGCAGUGUCCCUGGUGGUGCCAGUCCGCCUCCAAACCCAUAUCCCUACCUAUGCUCGUGCAAUGUACACCACCCUGUCCCAGAUCCUCACUUCUGCUUGUCCGCAGGAGCCCAUUUUUUGUACGGCCAUGACACUUAUGGGCCAAGUAGAAAGGAGCAAGUUACAGAGGUCUUAUCUGAAAGUCCCCUCACCAGACAUUAAGUGUCUCCCUCCACUGCUUCUUCCUGGAGAGGGUAUGUCACCAUCAGUCGAGGGAUACGGUCCACUUGGCCCUGGUGGGAGUAAACGCAUGCUCUCACCUGCAGCCAGUCUGGAGCUCAGUACUGAAGCUCAGCGUCACCAGAAAAGAGUAAAAGAGGAAGAGGAGGGGGAAGAACACAAGUCUGGAAAAGAAACAGAGAAUGUAGAAGAAAAGAUGCACAGGGAAGGAGGAAGUAAAGCUGCUGGGAAACAACUGGAAGAGAUUGAAAGUAAAAAAGACCUGCUUGAGACUACAACUGUAAAAACAGAAGGGAAGCAUAAAAGGGAGGAGAAACAGGUAGAAGAAUCAACUGGGAGAAGUCAAAAAGAGGAGCAACAUCCUGUUGAAGAGAAGAAGAUUGAGAGACCAAACACCCGUUCAUACCCCAGCCUUCACACGUCCACCUCUGUCAACUGGUGCUACCUGAACUAUGUCAAACCCAACCCGACCGCACAGAGGGACAGUAGCACCUCAGUUUAUUCCACCUGGAGUGUCAGCGGACACAACCCAAACUUGCCAGGCAUCAGCACUAAGGUGGCCUUGUCUCUGCUGUGCUCCAAACAGAAGCAUUGCUCAGAGACCUACACCAUCGCCAUGGCUCCAAAUCCAGACAAAAUCAAAAAGCCCCCUUCAAGUAGCAACGCUCCACGAGUGUCAGAGGUCCAUCCCACCACAGCCAGUCCCUCCACUGAUGGAACAGAUCCCCAGCCCGAACAGGAGGAGAAUAAAGAAACCAGAGAAAAAGAGGCGCCUUCCACCUCAAAACAAAGCGAAACAUCUCGUGUCCGAAUAUUUGAAGGAGGGUAUAAGUCUAACGAAGAGUAUAUUUACGUUCGAGGGCGUGGCAGAGGAAAGUACAUAUGCGGGGAGUGCGGCAUCCGCUGUAAGAAGCCCAGCAUGCUGAAGAAGCACAUCCGAACACACACUGAUGUCCGUCCGUACAUUUGCAAACACUGCAACUUUGCCUUCAAAACCAAAGGGAACCUUACCAAACACAUGAAGUCAAAAGCUCAUGGGAAAAAGUGCCAGGCAAUGGGAGUGUCUGAAGCGUCGGCGGAUGAGCCGGAGAGCGAGGAAACAGCAGCCCACGAGGAGCGUGCCUGUUACUCAGAGGAGCAGGAAGAACACCGGUUUUCCAACGUCGAGGAGUCUGAGGACGAUGACGACGAUGACGAUGACGAAGACGAGGAAGAGGGAUCGCACGACGACCCUCCUUCCUCCUGUUCAUCCGACACCCACGCAUCGACGGGGGGCCGUUCCAAAUGCAGCGGGCACUCUCGGCAGUGUACUCCGGAGCCGGAGCCCGCGGGUCUCAUCCCCAGUCCCGUUCUAGAAACGUCCCAAAGGGGGACUUGGCACAGCAGACGUGCCGCCUCACCGGGCAGCAGAAGAGCCCUGUUCUCCCGACGGAGCUGGAAGGCGUCACCGAGAACUUUCUCCCCCAGCAGUGAGAGCUGUUCCCCCAGUCACAGUCUCUCUCCGCGCCUGGAGCUGUCUUCACCCGUCCAUAGUCUGUCCCCGAGGACAGAGCUACCCUCACCCAGCCGGCAAGUGUCGCCGUCCCCUGAAAGAGGACCCUCUCCCGUCAGACCCGUCUCUCCUCUCCGUCCCAUCUUGUCAGGCUGCUACAGGUUAUCGCAAGCUAGGACGCCGCCUGUGCCGGUUGGAGCAAAGCAGAGGACGCUUGGAUGUCUUCCCUGGGAACACCUCAAUACAAGGAGUAGCUACAUGAAAGUGGUUGAAUUGCUACUACAAAGGUGACAAUGAAAGCAGACAAGCUUGCAAGUUUGCAUUUGCUGCACGGCUGUAAGACCAUGCCAAGACCCAAAUCCCCACUGCAUGCGGAACGGCAGCCGCACGGCACUGCCACAGAACGGCGCCACCAUCCGCAGUCCGGCAAUCCCCACCCCCGUUCUGUUGCGACUCCAUCGUGCAGCGAAAUAGUGCAGACUUCUACAAGAUCUCCCAAAUCCUCACAGAAACAUGUGAUAAGGAGAGUUGUAGUAAAGCUAACCACAAACAGUUUAUUCACACACACACACACACACACACACACACACACACACACACACACACACACACACACACACACACACACACACACACACACACACACACACACACAUUCUUGUAUUUGUUACCUUCUUGAGACAUCCGAAAAAAGCCUACCUCUUUAGGACCACCCUUUCUAGAUAUAUAAAGAUUGGUAUUUACAAAUAUACAUACUAGGCAAAUAUAAAAAAGGUAAGCUUUUAGUUAUUUUUUAAAAAUGUAAUUAGUUUGUUUGUAAUUGGUUUUUAAUCUUCAUUAUUUACUUCAAGUUAACACAGUAUGUCUCUCUAUACAUAUUUAUUUUAUUAAUUGUAUUAAUUUUGGCCAAAGGGGGCGCAUUUCAAUUUCUUACACACACUUAUUACAUAUGUUGGCCAGAGGGGGAGCACUUCAAAUUUUUGCACACACUUGUUGAUUCAUAUGUUGACCAGAAGGGGAGCACUUUUAAAACCGACACACAGUCAAUUUGAAAAAUCCCUCCUUCUUGGGGCCACCCUAAUUUUGAUAGAUUUCACCACCAGGGGUGCAAAUGAGACAUUCUCUAUUAGAUGCAAUGGUUUUCCGUAUUUGGACCAUGAUUUGAUCACCAGUCCUUAUAUAGAAGGCACUUUUCCUUGUUGAUGUCUCAAGAAGGGUAUAAAUACAAGAACACACACACACACGCACGCACACACACACACACACACACACACACACACACACACACACACACACACACACACACACACACACACCACUCCCCUGUUUUCCUGGCUUCCGUAUCAGCUUGUAUUUGACACAGGCCCUCAUACAGCUGCCCAGGAUAUGCAUGUUUAUUAUUCUUCAAUUUUCGACCCCCAAAAUCAGCAUUCCUCAUCCAUUUGUGUCAUUGAGGUGAAAUUACAUCUGAAAACCUUUGACAGUUUGACUUCAGGUCCAUUAGGAUGUUUAAAAGUGUAAAAUACGAUCCACCUUGAAAAUGGAGGGGUUUUUUUUAAAUUAUAAACCGGAUCAUUUAUUUUGAUGUUUGUGCAUGACUUCCUGUCCCACACAAGCAGAUUUGAUCUAAAUUGAACAGAUAUGCUGCGGCGACCGGCAAAAAGGGAAGCCCUGCGUAUAUUUAGCGCAGGGAUGCGGAACGUCACCGCCAUGUUGGUGCCGUUUUGCAGGCGGUGGAAGCGGACACAUUGACUUGUAUAAAAAUGGAAGGAACCCGCCGCCGUGGCAACAAUGUUUUGCUGUACUUCGGCAGUGAUCCUCAAACUGUGACAUUGUGGCUCCAUCUAGUGGUACACCAAAUAAUCACUUAAAUAUUCAAACACAGUGUUACUGUUUAAACUGUGUGUAAUGUUACAGUGGCCAAAAAUAUUACGUACACUUGGUAAAUAAAACCUCUGUCUUGUUUUUAAUGAACGCUAUGCUGCUGUAUUUUAUUGUUGGUCAUUAUGGUGGUACUUGGAUAGCCAAGUGUUUUCUGGGGUGCUACUUAGGGACAAAAAGUUUUAGAACCACUGUCCUACAGGAUUUGUGUCUGAAUAGAAAGUACAGUUGGUUUAGGACGGAAAGAGGACGUAAAAGGGACCUGUGAUAGAUUUAGUUUGUUGCUUAUAAAUUAUACAAUGCUGGAUACUCGUGUUAAACAAUGUCAAAGCGUCAAAUCUUAAAGUUCAUGUAUUUUGGCGUGAGCUUGCAUGCAGGUUUGGAUUGGGUUUACAGUCUGGCUUCAUUGUGACAUCACAGAGAGGUGGACGUACUUAUUUGGACAUUAGGUUGAAGGUGUCAAAUCAUGAUUUUUUCCUACAUUUAAAACACGUCCUUGUGGUCUACAUAACAUAUAAUGGUGGUUCUUUGGUCAAAAUGUUGCAUAGAUUAUGUUUUACAGACCGUUUUCCAGCUGUUUUCUGACCGUCUCUUCAGGAUGCACCGUUUUGUGGGCGGUCUUAUUUACGUGCCUCCACUUCUACAGCGUCUGCUCCCCACCAUCUUUGUUGUAAUUUUUAGCGCUUCCACAUCCAGUCCACUGACAGAUAUAAGUUAGAACUAUACACUACUUUGUAUUAGAAAUGGCAACAGCGGAGGAUGCAUGUGCAUGAACGAGACAGUCUGCCCCACAACAAGAGAACAGGAAAAAAAAGGAGGUACUUACUGACUACAACGUGGACCAAUGGUGGACGCGUGCAAGGCACUAUGGGUACAUUUCUACCACAUAUGGAAAAUCCAUUGACACAAGGCAAGAACGUCAUAUGAGAAAAUUCAAAAUAGCUUGUAAGAAGGAAGGCAUAUUGUUCCAUAAAUAUUUCCGUCAUGCCUUAACGGUUUGAUUUCAAUUUUUGGGACUUAUGCAGAUCCCAAAUACACAAAAGCUGGUUCCAAUAGGUAAGAAAAGUUGGGGAACUGCACUUUUUUGGAAUUUUUCUUAUCGUUCACAAUCAUGAAAGACAUGAAGAUGGAUGGUUUUUUUUAAUGCAUUCUAAAUAUUAAAUAAAUGUGAUCAAAAGUCUGCUUACAAAGGAGCUUAUGGGAGCCGUUUAAUUCUGCCUAUAAAGCCCUUAAGAAAACAUCCAAACACCUCCAUUAAGGUUGUAUAUACAUGAUGUAAGUAUAUAUGUAAUGUAGUAACGGGCUCAUUGUAAUAACAUUCAAUAUUUAUGUAUUUUGAUCAUUUUUAGCAAAAGCGGUGCAUUAAUUUCAUCACGUUUGUUUUUUCCUUCAUCACUGAUUAUUACUCACUGCAGACAUAAUAAAACAUCACUUACUGUACAAUGUCUGCUGUCAUUAGGAUGCCGACUGCUAGGAUGUUCAUAUAUUCCCAUUUAGAUGAAGAAUGACUCAUAAUCCUCGCGGAAAAAGGGGAGUGGACCUAAGCGUCUUUUCGUGUUCUUGCCGUUUCUGUAUCUAAAUUGGCUGUCAAAAUGUCCCAACUUGUGGGAAUACCUACUCAGACUUUUUCUGUCCAGGUGAUUUAUUCUCUACAAUAAACUUCCACAAGCAAGACCGCAAGGAAGCAGCAGACAACUGGAUGAUGUAAACAUAGGGAGACACGGAAGUGAUUACGUCACCGCUAUAAAUAGUUUGUCUGCAUUAGCGCUUAUAAUAACAAAAUCACUAAUACUUAGUUAAUAUUCAAGUCACAACAUGCAAAUGGAGGAUUGUUGGCGCUUUUUGAAUGGUUAUUUAUUGGAUUUUAUGAGCGAAAUAGUGGAGCUCCCAUUUGAUCCGCUGUAAGUGGACUUUUAUUUACAUUUAUUUAAUAUUUAGAACGCAUUUUUAAAAAAUCCAUCCGUCGUCAUGUCUUUCUUAAUGAUUAUGAAUGAUAGGCAAAAUUCCCAAAAAGUGCAGUUCCCCUUUAAGCCUUCAGCAGGACAAAAAAUGUGGGAUAAAGUAUUAUUGUUAUCUAAUUGUGGCAUUGUGCAUCAUGUACAACAUGCAGUGACAGGGACAGCUUUUUUUAUGCAGAGUCUCAAUCGAUCAGCGAGUGUGCAGGUGUACCUAAUGUUGAGACCAGGUGAAACUAUAUAUUUUGUUCAUGAACUUGAUUUCCGACCGUGUCUUGAAGAAAAAUAGCAGUGACGUUUUCAAGAUUUAUAUUUACACAAAGUACUUUUUUUUAAAAAAAUAAUUCAGAUAUAUUUGGAGAGGGUGGGGCGUGGUUUCAUUUGCAAUCUGGGAAAGCAUUCACAAAUGAACAUCUUGCAGACAGAUUAAAAAACGGGUUAUAAAAGCGACUGUGGAGCAAAACCUGUACCAAAGCAUAUGCAAUACAUAGGUUUCUAUGUUGAGUUUGGUGGCAAGUUACUUGUUCUGCAGCUACAACGUCAUACUAUUUAUGGAAUUCAUGCUGCACAGCCACACUGUCAAUGUUAACCAAAUUAGGGUGUGGUGCACACAACCAAACUGUCAGAAAGGCAUUUGUUUGUUUGAAUGACUGCUGCACAAAUCAAUUCAUGCAAACAGCUCCAAGAGUGACUCUCACUGUUUGAGGAUGUGCGGUAUUUACUGUUUUGUGAACUGUGACCGACCACUAUCGUUUUUGUUUGUUUGUUUUUUUAACAAAAAAUAAACAUUGCAAGCGUCAGCAUAAGAAAGUAAAUCAGAAUGAUGUCCUCUGCAGUGUAAAGUAAGAUAAGAUAAUCAUUUUCAGUACCACUGAAUCUACUGUACCAACUACCUGAGUCCGUGUCAAAACUUAUUGAUUUAACUUCCGAUCCUAUACAGAUUUUGCAGACCUGAGUAUUGGCCAAUACUGGUACUAAUCCAUUACGAGUUCAGCCGGAAUCUUAGAACAUACUUUUAUUAUUUUGUAGUGUGGAAUGUUAGAAAAAGGUUUGAUCAAUGGACAUUUUUCAGAACAAUGGUGGGUAUAUAAACACUAACCUUAUUACUAGAGAUGUCCGAUAAUAUCGGACUGCCGAUAUUAUCGGCCGAUAAAUGCUUUAAAAUGUAAUAUCGGAAAUUAUCGGUAUCGGUUUCAAAAAGUAAAAUGUAUGACUUUUUAAAACGCCGCUGUACGGAGUGGUACACGGACGUAGGGAGAAGUACAGAGCGUCAAUAAACCUUAAAGGCACUGCCUUUGCAUGCCGGCCCAAUCACAUAAUAUCUACGGCUUUUCACACACACAAGUGAAUGCAAGGCAUACUUGGUCAACAGCCAUAUCGGUCACACUGAGGGUGACGGUAUAAACAACUUUAACACUGUUACUAAUAUGCGCCACACUGUGAACCCACACCAAACAAGAAUGACAAACACAUUUCGGGAGAACAUCCGCACCGUAACACAACAUAAACACAAC